AUGAGCUCGACGGGCGACGACGCAAGUGACCGCAGCGACGAUGCGAGCGACGAGACGGGGUCGGUCGCCAGCUCGAGCGACUAUGAUAGCGAAGACGAAGACAGUGCGGAAGAUUCCGAUGACAACAGCAGUGACGACGGGGACGCGAGCAGCGAAGAGAACGACGACGAAGAGGACAACCAAGCCAAAGAAGUCGCCGAGCAAAAAGCAAAGGCUGUGCAGGACGACGUCGCAUCGAUUCUCAAGAUGGCUUCGUCCAUGGACAAGAUCUGUCGCCGUCUCCAGUUCAAAUAUGGCUCGAACCGCAAGAUUGCACUCGAGCCGGAUCCCGCAAACGACGAAGUGAAGGACGAGGUGCCCGAGGCGUUGACGCCGCCCAAGCCGACAGAUGUAUUGCCGCAAGCGGAGCCACCGCGCAAGGUCAUGUCGGACGCCGCCACCGACUCGAACGACCUCGAGUUGCCGCCUAAGAGCGUUGUCACGAUGGACGCGGGGACCGAGCCGGCAGCGCCCGUGACCCUUACAGCAAUAAACACGGAGCACCUCAUGCGCAAUAUUGAGGUGCAAGGAAAGCCCAAGCCGGUCGUCCCACACAUUGAGAAGGACUGCCAGCUCCAACUGGCGCUUUCGACGGAGCCGUCGCUUCAUUUGCAAGAGUACAUGCACCCGCCCCCGCUACUUGAGCUACCAAAGCGGCUGCGUCCCUUCCUCGCGACUUCAGCCACCCCGCUUCGGGCUCUGUCUAGUAUUCACGUGCCCAAGCUUCCGUCGCCGCCACCACGCCAAGAUGACGCAGGGGAUCUGAGCGUACCUCCAGACCUUUCUGAGAUCACGGUCGGACACUCUGCGCCGAUUCAGCGCACCCAGACAAGCAAGCACGACAGUCGUCAAGAGCCGUCGACGGACACCACUGGGCGGACAGACUUUGGCGGGCAAGUCGACUCGCCGCGCAGAGUCGUGUCGGAUGCAGCCACCGACUCGAGCGACCUCGAGCCGAUUGUUACAAAAGCGCAUUUUGCCACGGCAGCCCCCGAAGUUACCAAGCAGCUGGUCGAUCGGGGUGUGGCCACAUCAAAGCCUGCGCCACUGCAAAAAAGCGUGCUGCAUCAGGACCGCCCCCCGUUGUGCAUUUGCAGCCCGAGCGCCACGCAAGCCAGCACCCAGCAUCACCUCGGUCGGCCGAGCCUUUAG